CAAAGCAUCGCAAUUUAAUUUUCUUGAUAUUUGAGCAAAAGCUCUUUUUCUUUGAUAUCUGGAAAAUGGUUGGUUUACUGGGGUCUGAGAAUAAUCUAAUAGAUCCUGAUGCUGGUCAGUGUUAUGAAUGUAAAGAUCAAUGCAGGGUGUAUAAAAAAACACAAUUGUUUUAUUAUUGCCAAGAAUGUUUUUAUUAAUAAAUAUGAAUGAAAAUCCACCGCCAGCCUUCCAUGGCUUUGCGGUUUUACUGUAGUACUGCAUUUGUCAUACCCCGUCGUCUUAGGCGGGCGGGUGUUAUAUCUAGUUCACAAGAGGUCUACAUUUAGAUGAUAAUAGGUAAUUCCCUCUUUUUGUUUCCUCUUUUAAAAUGUCGAUACGUGUAUAUUGCUAAAGAGAUGUUUGUUGCCAAUGUGUUUGAAGGAAUGUAUGUAUAUCUCUUUCUCCCCAACGGUAUGCGCUGUGCAAUAAAGCGCGUGCAUCCCAUAUUGCUCACGUCGCACGGCAGCACGUCGAGGUUACUCCAGUGUUUCAUUGAAAUUAGCUUGACUAGCAGGCACUGCUAAGCUAGGACACUAGCACCUUGUGUAUGUGCACCGUAGGUUGAACAAACAACAUUGUAAACAAUGGCCGGCAGCGCAGGAGAGUGGUGUCUGAUGGAGAGUGACCCGGGCGUGUUCACGGAACUGAUAAAGGGUUUCGGUUGCAAAGGCGCCCAGGUUGAAGAAAUAUGGAGCAUGGAGCCAGAGAACUUUGACAACUUGAAACCAGUUCAUGGGCUGAUUUUCCUGUUUAAGUGGCAGCCGGGCGAGGAGCCUGCAGGAUCGAUCGUUCAGGAUUCAAGGCUCGACGAAAUCUUCUUUGCAAAACAGGUCAUUAACAACGCCUGUGCCACCCAGGCAAUAGUCAGCGUUCUGCUCAACUGCACCCACUCUGACAUGCUGGUUGGAGACACGCUGACAGAGUUCAGAGAGUUUUCACAGAGUUUCGACGCUGCUAUGAAAGGUUUGGCUCUUAGCAACUCCGAAGUGAUCCGACAAGUUCACAACAGCUUUGCCAGACAGCAAAUGUUUGAAUUUGAUGCCAAGUCGUCAGCAAAGGACGAAGACGCAUUUCACUUUGUGAGCUAUGUUCCGGUAAACGGGAGACUAUACGAGCUGGAUGGACUUCGAGAGGGUCCAAUUGACCUGGGUACAUGCAACCAGGACGACUGGAUCAGCGCAGUUCGCCCAGUGAUCGAGAAAAGAAUACAGAAAUACAGUGAAGGAGAGAUCCGAUUCAACCUCAUGGCCAUUGUGUCUGACAGAAAGAUGAUAUACGAGAGAAAAAUCGCAGAGCUUCAGACCCAGCUUACUGAGGAUGAACCGAUGGACACGGACCAGAGCAGCACGUUUCUUAGCUCCAUCCAGUCCGAGAUUGCCAAGUACCAGCUCCUUAUUGAAGAGGAAAAUCAGAAACUUAAAAGAUAUAAGAUUGAAAACAUUCGGCGAAAGCACAACUAUCUUCCUUUCAUCAUGGAGCUACUGAAGACACUGGCAGAGUACCAACAGCUAAUACCUUUGGUGGAGAAGGCAAAGGAGAAACAGAUUGCCAAAAAAGCCCAGGAGGCCAAGUAAACGACACAACAACAACAACACACUUCCAAUAGAAAAGCCUCUAAUCACACGCAUCCAGAGCAACAGUCACCUUUCAUCACUGAGACACAUACAGAUACUGUUCAUCAUCGGUCAAGUUCAUGUUACUGGCCGUGGAGGGUCUGCAGCACUUCCUGACCGCGGUGAACCAUCCAGACACUAAGAGCUGCACCGCAGGUGUAGCAGAGAGACUGUACGGCAAAAUCCUCUCAUUGUGUGUCCAUCAGCUCGACUGCAUGAUAGAAGGAAUGAUGUGCUCAAAGCAUGUUCUGUCUUAUUUUCAUAAUAAAAUGUCUAGAUGUU